AGCUUACGGAAUCAGAAGAGUUAGCGGUCGUACAAUACAUACUUGACCUAGAUUCGCGAUCAUUUCCUCCCCGGCUCCAUGGUGUUAAAGCUAUGGCUAACCCUGUUCAUCACCCAGAAUGCCUUCCGACAACACAUCAUACGUCUCCAGACUCCGAGGAAGCAGAGCAAUCAUCGUAACAAUGACGGCUCACAAUUCAGGGGUACGAAUGAAUGAAUAUGGGGAUUGCCAUAGCCCUAGUGCCGAUGCAUGGUACGCACGAAAUAUCGACGGGAAAGUGGCUUUCAUGCGCUUAACGUGUGCGGCGAUUGGCCAUUACUCUCAAGAGUUGAACGGAUUGGAAUGCGACAGGCCGAGGAAACGUACAAAGCGUCAAUUAUACCAACCUCACCAGUCUGAUCAAGAUGCAGACCAGGAUGAGGACGCCCCCAGUGACGGUGCUACCGACCCGCACAGCACAACCACUUCAUCUUCGAAUCGUAGGAGAAAUAAGCUUUGUCGCAUAGUUGUGUGGAAUAUUGAUCGCCUCAGGUGCAAGGCACAUAAGGUGGGGGGUAACCGCGUUUGCAUUCAGUGGGGGGCAUUUAGUGGGGAUCCUGCAGCCCUUCGGCGCUUGCCUCAACCUUACCCUUCGACGUAGCACUACAUGCCAGUGUCAAGGCCAUAAACAUUAAUAGGGAUGUUUUCAUGGGUAAUUCCGUUCGAGUUAACG